UCAAACACACCUGGACUCCUUAUUUAUGCUGCUGGAGGACAACAUCAUCACUUUUGUGAAGAACGAGCUGAAGAAGAUCCAGAAGGUUUUGAGUCCAGAUUACCCAGAAUGCGUAGAGAGUCAGCGGGAGGAGGAUGAACAGAGGAGCACCAGAGAGGCAUUUAUAAAGAUCACACUGAACUUCCUGAGGAGAAUGAAGCAGGAGGAGGUGGCUGACCGUCUGCAGAGCAAACUUCCCGCUGCUGUCUGUCAGCGUAAACUUAAAUCUGCACUGAAGAAGAAGUUCCAGUGUGUGUUUGAGGGCAUCGCUAAAGCAGGAAACCCAACCCUUCUGAAUCAGAUCUACACAGAGCUCUACAUCACAGAGGGAGGGACUGCAGAGGUCAAUGAUGAACAUGAGGUCAGACAGAUUGAAACAGCAUCCAGGAAACCAGACAGACCAGAAACAACAAUCAGACAAGAAGACAUCUUUAAAACCUCACAUGGAAGAGAUGAACCAAUCAGAACAGUGCUGACAAAGGGAGUGGCUGGCAUUGGGAAAACAGUCUUAACACAGAAAUACAGCCUGGACUGGGCUGAAGACAAAGCCAACCAGGACAUCCAGUUCAUAUUUCCAUUCACUUUCAGAGAGCUGAAUGUGCUGAAAGAGGAAGAGUUCAGCUUGGUCGAACUUGUUCAUCACUUUUUUACUGAAACCAAAGAAGCAGGAAUCUGCAGGUUUGAAGACUUCCAGGUUGUGUUCAUCUUUGAUGGUCUGGAUGAGUGUCGACUUCCUCUAAACUUCCACAAAACUAAAAUCCUAACUGACCCUAGAAAGUCCACCUCAGUGGAUGUGCUGCUGAUAAACCUCAUCAGGGGGAAACUGCUUCCCUCUGCUCGCAUCUGGAUAACCACACGACCUGCAGCAGCCAGUCAGAUCCCUUCUAAAUGUGCUGACAUGGUGACAGAGGUCAGAGGGUUCACUGACCCACAGAAGGAGGAGUACUUCAGGAAGAGAUUCAGAGAUGAGGAGCAGGCCAGCAGGAUCAUCUCCCACAUCAAGACAUCACGAAGCCUCCACAUCAUGUGCCACAUCCCAGUCUUCUGCUGGAUCACUGCUACAGUUCUGGAGGAUGUGCUGAAAACCAGAGAGGAAGGACAGCUGCCCAAGACCCUGACUGAGAUGUACAUCCACUUCCUGGUGGUUCAGGCCAAAGUGAAGAAGGUCAAGUAUGAUGGAGGAGCUGAGACAGAUCCACACUGGAGUCCAGAGAGCAGGAAGAUGAUUGAGUCUCUGGGAAAACUGGCUUUUGAUCAGAUGCAGAAAGGAAACCUGAUCUUCUAUGAAUCAGACCUGACAGAGUGUGGCAUCGAUAUCAGAGCAGCCUCAGUGUACUCAGGAGUGUUCACACAGAUCUUUAAAGAGGAGAGAGGACUGUACCAGGACAAGGUGUUCUGCUUCAUCCAUCUGAGUGUUCAGGAGUUUCUGGCUGCUCUUCAUGUCCAUCUGACCUUCAUCAACUCUGGACUCAAUCGGCUGGAAGAACAACAAAACCCCCCCCAGAGGUCUACAACAAGAGAAUGUACAGAGAAACACUUCUACCAGAGUGCUGUGGACAAGGCCUUACAGAGUCCAAAUGGACACCUGGACUUGUUUCUGCGCUUACUGCUGGGUCUUUCACUGCAGACCAAUCAGACUCUCCUUCGAGGCCUGCUGACAAGGAUAGCAAGUAGCUCAGACACCAAUCAGGAAAAAGUCAUGUACAUCAAGAAGAAGCUCAGUGAGACUCUAUCUGCAGAGAAAAGCAUCAAUCUGUUCCACUGUCUGAAUGAACUGAAUGAUCGUUCUCUAGUGGAGGAGAUCCAACAGUCCCUGAGAUCAGGAAGUCUCUCCACAGAUGAACUGUCUCCUGCUCAGUGGUCGGCUCUGGUCUUCAUCUUACUGUCAUCAGAAGAAGAUCUGGAUGUGUUUGACCUGAAGAAAUACUCUGCUUCAGAGGAGGCUCUUCUGAGGCUGCUGCCAGUGGUCAAAGCCUCCAACAGAGCUUUACUGAGCUACUGUAGCCUCUCAGAGAGAAGCUGUGAAGCUCUGUCCUCAGUUCUCAGCUCCCGGUCCUCCAGUCUCAGAAAACUGGACCUGUGUAACUCUGACCUGAUGGAUUCAGGGGUUAAACUUCUAUCUGCUGGACUAAAAAGUUCUUACUGCAAACUGGAAACUCUCAGUCUGUCAGGCUGUCUGACCACAGAGGAUGGCUGUAUUUCUCUGGCCUCAGCUCUGAGCUCCAACCCCUCACAUCUAAGAGAGCUGGACCUGAGCUACAAUCAUCCAGGAGACUCAGGAAUGAAGCUACUGUCAGCUGGACUGAAGGAUCCACACUGGAGAAUCGACACAAACACAGUACACAAAAAACUCAAACUGUCUGACAACAACAGGAAGGUGACACAUGUGAAUGAGGUUCAGUCAUAUCCUGAUCAUCCAGACAGGUUUAAUGGUCGUCUUCAGCUGCUAUGUAGAGAUGGUCUGACUGGUCGCUGUUACUGGGAGGUCGAGUGGAGAGGAGACGUUGAUAUAUCAGUGAGUUACAGAAGAAUCAGAAGGAAAGGAGGCAGACACUGUGGGUUUGGAUGGAAUGAUCAGUCCUGGAGUAUUGAAUGCUCUGAUGAUGGUCCUUGUUCUGUCUGGCACAAUAACAGACUAACACCCAUCUCCCCCUCCUCCUCCUCCUCCUCCUCUGUCUCUAACAGAGCAGCAGUGUAUGUGGACUGUCCUGCUGGCACUCUGUCCUUCUACAGAGUCUCCUCUGACACUCUGAUCCACCUCCACACCUUCAACACUACAUUCACUGAAACUCUUUAUCCUGGAUUUAGAGUAUCUCCUGGUUCAUCAGUGUCCCUGUGCUGAGUGGAGUGUAAAGAGUGUCUCCUGUUAGAGAAACACUCUGACUGUUGAACAGAUAGUUCAGUCUGUACAUGUCUGUCUCUUUCACUC